UUUUUUUUAGGUUUUUGCUUGUUUAUCUAUUUAUUUUGUUUUAUUUUAUUGUAUUUUAUUUAUCUAUUUAUUUUUAUUUAUUUUUUUGCUUGUGAGGAUUUAUUGAGAAGCCAAUACCUCCUUUGCUGAAAAAAGAUGUUACGUGUCUGACAUGGUAUAAUAUUUAAGGUGCAAAAUGUUGAUAUUCCCUCAAUGUCACCUUAUCUGUGUAUGUAUGCACAGGAAACAUUUUUAACGCAACAAACGUUCUAUAAACUGACCUCCCGUGCGUAGAUUACCUCGUCAUACCGUGUGUUAAGUAAACAGACAGAAAAAAACGUUCAUCAGUCGAUCACCGAUACACGCAUAAGAUAUGUAUUCACGGUAAUAACGGAAAACGAAAAUCAAGAAAAUGCCACAUUCUAGAGACCUGGCUUUGAUGGGUAUCGGGGGAUUCACUGGUUUAUCCAUUGUAGCCUGGCAAACCAUGUUUCCUUGGCUAAAGUAUGACCUGCAAUUCAUAACAACUGUCAUGGAUGUUGGCAAAAGAGUUGCAGAUGACGAAGUGAAUGAAAGAUAUUUAAUUCGUAUGUUUGAAGAAAGUGUUGCUAAAUACCCGAAGAAGACAAUGGUCAUAUUUGAAGACCGGGAAUACACAUACGAGUUUAUGAAUGAGCAAGCGAAAAGGGUGGCCAAUAUUGCAUACGAGUGGAGGUUCAAUACCGGAGAGACGGUUGCCUUAUUGAUGCAGAAUCACCCGGCAUUCAUCUGGACAUUUUUAGGACUUCAGAAAGUUGGUCUCUGUGUUGCGUUCUUAAACCACUAUAACAAAGGCAGCCCGCUUCUACACACCAUCAAAGCAAGCAAGGCGCGGGCAGUCAUCGUCGGACCGGAGGCAGAACUGCACAAUGCCAUUGAGGAAAUACGACCAGAGCUUGAUAUUCCAUUAUAUCUACAGGGCUAUUCGAAAACUACUGUUCCAGACCACUACAUCUCCUGGGAUAAUCUCAUGUUAUUGUCUCCAACAGCUGAAAUCAGCAAAAGUCUAAGAAGCAGCUUCAAUAUGCGUACACCUUGUAUCUACGUGUUCACGUCAGGGACAACAGGUCUUCCAAAACCAGCCAUUGUGAGCCAAAAUAAAGCAAUUAAGAUGACCAAGGUGUUUUAUGCAGUUGGAGGGACACCAAAUGAGAUAGCCUAUAUAACUACACCGCUCUACCACGUGCUUGCUCUUUCGUCAUUGUUCAGUGUCAUAGAAAUAGGAGCUACAAUCGUUCUCAAAGUCCAGUUUUCGGCUUCACAAUUUUUUGAUGACUGCAGAAAACACAACGUCACCUUUACCCAAUACAUAGGGGAGCUUGUCCGAUAUAUCCUGCAUCAGCCCGAGAGACCAGAGGACGGAAAUCACAAGAUUAGAGUCAUGAUGGGUAAUGGACUUCGAGUUGAUAUAUGGGAAAAAUUUCAGAAGAGAUUCAAAAUUCCCAAGAUUAUGGAGAUUUUUGGAGCUACAGAAGGGACCGCCGCCUUUUUAAACACAUGGGGGAGAGUUGGAUCUUGUGGUAGAUUGUCACCAUUCCUCAAUGCAUUAGCUCCAGCCAAAUCAUACAUUGUGCGUUAUGAUCCAGAAACUUGCCUGCCUUUGAGAAAUAAGACUGGCCGAUGCAUUCCUUGUGAUAUAGGUGAAACGGGUCUCCUGAUCGUAAAAAUAAUCAAUAAAGAUGUGCUUGAGGAUGGAUUUUACCUGGGAGAAAAGGCUGCUAACGAGAAGAAAUGUGUCAGAAAUGCAUUUGAAGAGGGCGAUGUGUUCUUUAAUUUCGGAGACCUGUUGUAUGUAGACAAAGAUUACUUUUUGUAUUUCAAGGAUCGAAUAGGAGAUACGUUUAGGUGGAAAGGUGAAAAUGUGUCUACAAAUGAAGUAGCCAACAUUCUAACAGAGCUACCAUUUAUACAAGAUGCUAAUGUGUACGGAGUAGAGGUGCCAGGUGCUGAUGGCCGGGCUGGCAUGGCAGGGAUUCUAUUGAAAGAAAAUGUGAAAUUUCAACUUGACCUAUUACCGAAGAUUUAUAAGCACUGUGAGAAGAAUUUGCCGAUCUAUGCCCGCCCGCUGUUCCUCCGAUUCAUAAAAGAAAUGCCAUUGACCACAACUCACAAACAGAAAAAGGUGCACUAUGUUAAAGAGGGAUUCGACCCCAACAUCAUUGAUGAUCCACUGUUUCGUAUUUCUCCAGAGGCUAAAAGCUAUGUUCCCCUGACAACAGAUAACAUUGGUACGUUGUUAGCCAAAUCGCGCCUGUGAUGUGAACAUCGGAAUUACUAGAUUCGCAUUGACAUGUUAUGCUUUAACAGAUAUGUACAUCUUAUUACAGUGUACAUACAAGUUUAGUAUAAGAGCUGGGAAUAAUAAGUAUUUGAUUGUCAAGAGAUUUAAAUUUGUGUCAUAUGAUAUCUUAAUUAGUCCCUUAAUUAAUGUAGAAUGAUAUCGCUUGUGCGAUAUUAAGAGCAAAACAGGUUACGAUUUCAAAUGAACCACUAUGAUUAAUAUGCUUAUACUACAGCAAAUAAAUUUAUAUUAUUCGG